AUGAUCUUUGACAUAAACCAUCCAAUUCUGCUAGACUUCUUAGAAGAAUUUGCUACGACUUUUAAUGGGAACAAAUGGGGUCACAAUGGACCUUACUUGGUCUCCAGAGUAAUUGCUAGACUAGAAGGGAGUGGAAGGUCACUGGAUUAUAACCUUACAAUAUUGCCUCCUGAGGCAUUCUAUCCAUUGGACUGGAUUAGGAUACACAGGAUCUUCAGGAAGCCUCAGAGGGAAUCGGAGUCAAAAGCGGUGGAAAUCACACUAAAUGAGCUAAUUACAAGGGAGACUUAUGCUGUGCACCUAUGGAACAAACAAAGUAGACAGGUGGCCAUUGGAGAGGGAAGCGUCAUGGCGAGAUUGAUCUCAGAGCACUGUGUCAUUUGCCAGGACCUAUAUGUUUCUUAA